GUGAUUUUUGCCUAGCGCGUUGAUUGAUUGCUUCUUCCUUCUUGACGACCAAGAUCUGGAAAUGAGAGUCAUAUAGCAAACCAUGACUUGCGCAACUCUUGAUUUUGACAUUCUUUCUUCUUUGGAAGAGAAUGCAUACAAAGAAGGCUAUGCAGAUGGUGAAGCACACGGUAAAUUACAUGGCACAUUCGAAGGAAGACAGCUAGGAGCAGAAAAAGGGUUCGAGCUUUGGCAAGAACUUGGUCAAAUGGAGGCAUUCGCUCGUACAUGGCUACAAUUGAAUGCAUCCAAUGAAGCUCAGUCUACAACCUCUGACACUAGUCGCAAACAGCAAAAAGCGUAUCAGCAUCUACAAUCAAUUCUUGCUCUGAUAGAUACCAUGCCAAUGGAGAACGACGAAAAAGUCGACAUUGGCGCAAGUAUGGAGCGGAUCAGAGCAAAGCACAAGAUGGCAUGUUUGGCUUUGAAUGUCAACCCUGACCUGUCAAAUGUUACCACAGAUAAAUCUUCAUCUGCUGCUAUCGAUUCACAAGGUGCUACAGGCCGUAGUAUCAUCAUCAAAGGCCGUCAAGUCGAUAGCAGUCAAUUACACUUUUAA